AUGCCUCUGCUCUCACCACGCCCUCCACAGAUGUUUUCAGCAUUGGUGUGCCCAGUGCACAUUCGGGAUUGGGCACAGCACCUGGUAUCGCACAGCAUCACGGCCAACCUGCGAGCGGCCCACCUGCCGUGGGCACCCGACGCCAUCGUGCUGCCCAUGGUGCGCCUCGCCCUCUCCUGCACCGCCUCAGACCCCCUCUCCCGCCCCACCGACCUGCUCCGCUCCAUCAAGGCUCUCAAGCGCUCCCUCUCCGCGUACCCGCACCCACCUCUGCCCGGCCAUGCAGGCACAAGCAGGGAUGGUGACGUGCCCAAUGCUGCAGGCAAUGGGGGGGCUGGAGAGAAGCAGGGAAGGGAGGAUGGGGAUGGGGUUUUGGGGGGUUUCAGUCAGAAUGCACUAGACUGGCUGCUAGAGGAAGAGGAUAGUGGUAGGUUUGUGACGGAUAUGUAA